GCGGAGGCAGAGCUCUCCUCACCCCCUCAGGCUCAGCCAUGGAGGUGGCCGCUCUCUCUCCCACCUCCCGCCCCCUCCCCCUCCUCUCCACCGCGCCAGCCCACCGCCUCCGCCUCCUCCCUCCCCGCUUCGUCUCCGGCCGCAGGCUCCGCCCCUCACCUCGACACCAAGGGUUUGGCUGCGUGAGAGAUGGCUGGGGACAAAGGCAUUCUGCUCGUGAGAACGGAUUCUUCCUAACAAACAACUCGUCAGCCUCAGUAGAACCAGCAACCCAGGAAGUGGGCACCGCUAUUCCAGGGGAGUGGAGCGGGGACGCAAUACGGCGACGGUUCCUUGAAUUUUAUGCUGCCCGCGGCCAUAAGAUCCUCCCUAGCUCGUCGCUUGUGCCCGAUGACCCAACAGUGCUCCUUACCAUCGCAGGGAUGCUUCAGUUCAAGCCUAUAUUUCUUGGCAAGGAACCUAGGCGUGUGCCAUGCGCCACUACCUCCCAGAAAUGCAUACGAACAAAUGACAUUGAAAAUGUGGGACGCACAGCUCGACACCAGACCUUCUUUGAGAUGCUUGGGAACUUCAGCUUUGGCGAUUACUUCAAGAAGGAAGCAACCGCAUGGGCAUGGGAGCUGGCAACCAAGGAGUAUGGGUUGCCUGCAGAAAGGCUGUGGAUUAGUGUUUUCGAAGAUGAUAAUGAAGCAUUCAACAUCUGGCACAAUGAGGUUGGUGUACCAAAAGAGCGUAUAAAGAGGAUGGGUGCGGAAGAUAACUUUUGGACUAGUGGCGCAACUGGACCCUGCGGACCAUGCUCUGAAAUGUAUUACGAUUUCUAUCCUGAGAGAGGAUCAUCAGAUGCGGAUUUGGGCGAUGAUAGUCGAUUCAUUGAAUUCUAUAAUCUCGUCUUUAUGCAAUACACCAAAAAGGAUGAUGGAUCGCUAGAACCAUUGAAACAAAAGAACAUCGACACAGGAAUGGGCCUUGAGCGUAUGGCACGUAUUCUUCAAAAGGUUCCAAACAACUAUGAGACAGACUUGAUUUUCCCAAUUAUAGAAAAGGCAGCUAGCUUGGCGUUGGUGUCCUAUGCUAAAGCUGAUGAUGCUGUGAAGACAAAUCUUAAAAUAAUUGGCGAUCACAUGAGAGCGGUUGUUUAUCUCAUAUCAGAUGGGGUUCUUCCCUCGAAUAUUGGGAGAGGGUAUGUUGUUCGAAGGCUAAUAAGAAGAGUAGUUCGGACGGGUAGAUUGAUAGGUAUAAGAGGUGAUGGUCAUGGAAAUCCUGAAGGUGCAUUUUUACCUGCACUAGCUGAGGUAGUGAUCAGCCUUAGCACUCAGAUAGAUCCAGAUGUCGAAUCACGAAGGAAAUCUAUUAUUGGAGAACUUCAAAGGGAAGAGCUACGAUUUGUCCAGACCUUGGGAAGGGGUGAAAAGUUAUUAGAUGAACUUCUAGAUGAGGCCUUACUAAGUGCUGGUAAUAAUGGAAAUAAACCUUCUCUAUCUGGAAAAGAUGUUUUCCUUUUGUACGACACAUAUGGUUUUCCAGUAGAGAUUACAGCUGAAAUAGCUGGUGAACGAGGUGUCACUGUUGAUAUGAAGGGAUUUGAUAUUGAAAUGGAAAACCAAAGGAAACAAUCUCAGGCUGCUCAUAAUGUGGUCAAACUUUCUGUAGGAAAUGAGACUGAGAUAGUCAAGAGCAUCCCUGAUACUGAAUUUCUGGGAUAUGACUCUCUCUCUGCCACUGCUGUUGUUAGAGGUCUCCUAGUUAAUGGAAACCCAGUUAAUGAAGUUUCUGAAGGUUCUGAAGUAGAAAUAUUAUUAGAUCGGACACCAUUCUAUGCUGAAUCAGGUGGUCAAGUUGGCGAUAAUGGUUUCUUAUAUGUGAAUGGAGGUGCGGAUAGAAAACAAACAGCAGUCAUAGAAAUCAAUGACGUCCAAAAAUCUAUAGGAAAUAUAUUUGUGCACAAAGGCACGAUUAAGCAGGGAUCUAUAGAGGUUGGCAAGGAAAUUGAUGCUUCUGUUGAUGCAAAGUUGAGGCAGGGGGCUAAGGCCCAUCAUACUGCAACACAUCUACUGCAAUCUGCUCUUAAAAGUGUGGUUGGUUCAGAAACUUCACAGGCUGGUUCCCUUGUGGCGUUUGACCGUCUCCGAUUUGACUUCAAUUUCCAUCGCCCCCUUUCUGAAGAGGAAUUGGUGAAAAUUGAAUCACUCGUAAACCAAUGGAUUGGCAAUGCAACGCAUCUGGAGACAAAAGUCAUGGCUUUGCAAGACGCAAAAAAUGCUGGUGCCAUUGCGAUGUUCGGAGAAAAAUAUGGUGAAGAGGUCAGAGUCGUAGAGGUCCCUGGGGUCUCAUUGGAACUCUGUGGUGGAACGCAUGUCAGUAAUACUGCUGAGAUCCGUGGUUUCAAGAUAAUCUCAGAACAGGGAAUAGCUUCUGGAAUCAGAAGGAUAGAGGCAGUCGCAGGUGAUGCAUUUGUCGACUAUGUCUGUGCUCGGGACAACUACAUGCGACGCUUGUGCUCAUCCCUUAAGGUUAAGGCUGAAGAUGUGAAUGGCAGAGUAGAAACGAUUCUUGAAGAACUAAGAGCAACCAGAAACGAAGUAUCAACUCUACGCAGCAAAAUCGCGGUGCUCAAAGCAGCAUCUCUUGCAAGUAAAGCCACAACCGUCGAACCCCACAAUGUCAGGGUCGUGGUCGAGAACAUGGGCGACGUGGACGCUGACGCGCUGAAAAGCGCCGCCGAGUACCUCAUAGGCACCCUGCAAGACCCUGCUGCAGUGAUCUUGGGAUCAAGCCCGGGAGACGGUAAAGUCAGCUUGGUCGCCGCCUUCAGCCCCGCAGUCGUCAAGAUGGGGCUGCAGGCAGGUAAGUUCGUUGGCGGCAUAGCGAAGCUCUGCGGGGGAGGCGGCGGGGGCAAGCCCAACUUCGCGCAGGCUGGUGGCAGGAAGCCGGAGAACUUGCUGGACGCCCUUGAGAAGGCCCGAGACGAGAUCGUCGCGGCGGUGUCGUCGAGUUCCAGCUGAUCCUUCACUCCAUAUUUGAUAGCAGUAUAUGCAUAGGAAAUGUAAAGGUGUGAUGGCCAUUGGGCAUUGGCAGCCAGGAAAAAAAACAGUUUUGGAUACUCUACGUUCUGUGCAGACGAUGGAGCAGUUUUUGUCAGUUGUAACUAGGCAGCAAUACCUGAGAGGAGGGGGCAAAAAAUCACAAUCAAAGUUUCAUACCAAACAGACUUCGUUAUCA